AUGUUACCCCAGUUACAGCAAUCAUCUUCAUCACCGUUAACGACUCCUCCGACUCCUCCUCACUUGCCUAAACUCUCCACUCCUAUCGCUCACCGCCUCCUGCAACCUCCAUCCGCCCAGAAGCCUCUUCCCCUCCAAUCAAUCGGCAAUAUCGUGAAAUUCAGUAUGGAAGACCUCCGUGAAUCAUUCCUCCGAGUUGAAGAAUUCUGGUACGAACCAGAGUACGAUGGUUCUGUGAUCAAAUUGGUGAAAGAUGCGGAUUCGCCGGAGGAGGCAUUCGUCGCAGGGAUUUCUUCUACUUUCUCCCAUAGAUCCUCCUGCAUCUCCGCCAGAUCCUCCUUUGUCUUCUAA